GUUUUAAAGGGCAGGUUCUGGCCCGAGCUGGCGGCGGGCUCGCACCUUCGCCCCGUGCACAGCACUAGGCCGCUCUCCCGUGCUGGUGCGCUUGGGAUAAAAGGGCAGGCGCAGCUGAGCGGCCUCCUCGGUCCGGCGACCGGGCCCCUAGGAAAGGGCUCGCAGCGGCCCAGCAAGGCUAGGCCGUGGGAGGGGGCGCAGGAGCGGAAGCGGGCGGCGGGGCAGGUUUCCGGGCGGACCGGGCCUGGGGGACCGAUUUCGCUGCCGCACCGAUCGGAGCGGGGUGGGGGCUGCUUGGGUGUCGCUAUGAGCCGCCUGCACGAGGACGAUGAUCCCUACGUGAUCGACGAGCCCAGCGACGAGGAGCCGGGGCAGAGCAGCUCAGAAGAUGAAGUGGAUGUGCUUUUAUAUGGCACUCCCGAUCAGAAGCGCAAACUGAUAAGAGAGUGCCUUACUGGAGAAAGUGAAUCUUCGAGUGAAGAUGAGUUCCAAAAGGAAAUGGAGGCGGAACUAAACUGCACCAUGAAAACUAUGGAGGGCAAGUGGAAGUCACUAGAAACAGGUACUUCCUCGAGUACUGGACGAGCUGGAACAGUCACCACUACAAAGUACUAUGACGACAUUUAUUUUGAUUCUGAUUCGGAGGAUGAAGAUAAAGUAGGUACACAGGCGGCCAGGAAAAAAAGAAGACAUCAGCAACGCCGGAUUCCUACUAAUGAUGAGCUACUCUAUGAUCCAGAAGAAGAUGAUCGAGACCAAGAAUGGGUGGACUCGCAGAGACGAGGGUACCAAAAUAUAAGAAGAACUUGGCAGCAGCAGUUCAAACCUCCAGACAUUCCAAACAGUGAUGCUGUUUUGAACUGCCCUGCUUGCAUGACUACAUUGUGCUUUGACUGUCAGAGACAUGAAUCCUACAAAACACAGUACAGAGCAAUGUUUGUGAUGAACUGCUCAGUUAACAAAGAAGAGGUUCUAAAAUAUAAAGGCCCAGUGAACAAGAAGAUAAAGAAAGGACAUAAGAAAAUGAAACGCAGCAACGAGAUCCCCACUGUGCAAGCAAAUCAGGAAGAGGAGGAAGUAUAUCAUCCAGUCAAAUGUACCGAAUGUUCAACUGAAGUUGCAGUCUUGGAUAAAGAUGAAGUUUUCCACUUCUUCAAUGUUCUAGCAAGCCACUGUUAAUGUGGAAAAACAGCUGUGCUGUUUAAGACUGUACGAAGUCUCAAAAAUGUGGACAAUAUUUUAUCCUUUUCAAAUUAUACAAAACGUGUUGUGUGUUUUUUUUUUUUUUUUUUUUUAAAGUCUUAAACUGUCAUUGAAAGAAUCUUUGUAAAACUUCAUGGAAGAGAUACAGUUAACUGAUCACAUUUGGGAGCAAUAUUCUGUCAGGCCCUCAAAUAAUGAUAAAAGCAUAGAGAGUUUAAAUUCAUGUACAUAUUAUGCCAUAUUUUUGUAUAUUAGAACCAUUGCUUAUGUACAUAUGUAGUAUGUUGACAUGUGUUAAACUGUUGCUUAGAAUAAAAACACUGUAAACUAGA